AUGACCUUCUCAAGGAAUACAGCGUUUUUUGCGCUGUUUUCGGCGGUUUAUGCCCAGUCGCAGUAUACUUCUACUGCCACGGCUGCCGUAGCUAAGGCGGCUGCCACUGCGCUAACUCUAUCUCCUACCUCGAGUGUCGCCGGUCUGACCUUCGAUCGCUUUGUUCAGAUCUGGUUAGAGAAUGAGGAUUACAGUGCUGCUAUUAAGGAUACCAACCUCGCCUACCUCGCGUCCCUAGGCAUCACACUUACAAAUUACUAUGCGAUCACCCACCCCUCUCAGCCUAACUAUGUGGCCGCUGUUGGGGGUAACACCUUCGGAAUCACUGACGACUCUACACACUAUAUCUCUUCGAGCACUGAGACUAUCGUUGAUCUCCUGGAAGAUGCUGGUGUUAGCUGGAGUCUGUAUCAAGAGGAUAUGCCUUACUCUGGCUUCGAGGCAAAUUAUAAGAACCAAAAGACUGGUGCGAAUGAUUAUAUGCGCAAGCACAACCCCCUGAUGAGCUACAACUCGGUCACAUCGGAUACCGACCGUCUUGCUAAAUCGAAGAACUUCACUAUGUUCUACAAAGACCUGGACAACAACGAGCUGCCUCAGUGGAUGUUCAUCACCCCCAACAUGACCAACGAUGGUCACGAUAGCUCCCUUGCCACAGCUGGACUUUGGUCUCGUAAUUUUUUGACUCCUCUGCUCUCAAAUGAGAACUUUAACACUGAUAGCACUUUGAUCAUCCUUACCUUUGACGAGGGCUUGACCACGGGAACGAACCAAAUCUAUGCUGUCCUUUUGGGUGGUGCGGUCUCUAGCGCGCAGGUUGGUACGAAAGACGACACUGCAUAUAACCACUACAGUCUUUUGAAGACUGUGGAGACUAAUUGGGACCUGGGCAACCUUGGAGAGAACGACGUGGAUGCCACGGCAUUCUUCUAG